CAGCACUGACCCUCCGACAGCGCCUGCUCCCUCAGCACUGACCCUCCGACAGCGCCUGCUCCCUCAGCACUGACCCUCCGACAGCGCCCCCUCCCUCAGCACUGACCCUCCGACACGCCCCCUCCCUCAGCACUGACCCUCCGACAGUGCCCACUCCCUCUGCACUCGCUCCCGCUCUCUCUGUCGUUGCCAAUGGGAUUUCUUUGUGUGAGUUGGCUGUUAUGAUCAGUUUGUUCAUCGUUGCGAUGAGCGGGAUCCUUUUCCUGAGGCUGUGGUAGGAGGUUAAAUUGUAGCCCGUGCCCCCCCCCCCCCCCCCCCCCACGGUUGCUGUGAGCCCGCCCUGCCUCCCGUCAUCUCGCCACCCUUUUAACCUGCCUCUCCGUUCCGCCUCCCCCUCUCCUCCCGUCAACAACAACAUUCCUCUUCCUGGGCUCGGCAGCACUGGGAGCAGACACGGAAGUGACUGCGCAGAGCCCGAGUUCCUGCCCGGUCCAGAUGGCAGAUGGCGGGGGCCGGGACCACGGUGCCGCGGGCCAGCUGUGCACUUUCUACCUCGAGGGCCGCUGCCUGUUCGGGGACCGCUGCUGGAACCUACACCAGGCCCACGAUGUAGAUUGUCCAGGGGACAGAGCGGGCACGGCAAGCGGGCGAGAGACGCCGUGCCCGGCAAGCGGGAGAGAGAUACCGUGCAUGGCGAGCGGGCGAGUGACACUGUGCACGGCGAGCAGGGGGGAGACACCACCCACGGCGAGCAGGACGGAGGUGCCAUGCACGGUGAGCGAGAGAGUGACACCGUGCACGGCAAGCGGGAGAGAGAUACCGGGCACGGCGAGCGGUACGGAGAUACCGUGCGCGGCGAGCGGGAGAGAGAUACCGGGCACGGCAAGCGGGACGGAGAUACCGUGCGCGGCGAGCGGGACGGAGAUACCGUGCGCGGCGAGCGGGAGAGAGAUACCAGGCACGGCAAGCGGGACGGAGAUACCGUGCGCGGCGAGCGGGAAGGAGACACUGUGCCUGGCGAGCGGGAGAGAGACAGCUUGCACGGCGAGCGGGACUGAGAUACUGUGGGUGACGAGCGGGACGGAGACACCGUGCGCGGUGAGCGGGAGAGAGAUACCAUGCCCGAGGACAGCAGGAGGGGCAGAGGAAGCUUCGCCGGGCAGCAAAAAGGCCCCGAUGCGGACAGCGAGCGCGGUGAUCUCCCGUCUCCAGUGGGAUCCAGAGCUGUGCCCUGCGGACUUCGUGGUCGGCUACGUGGACCGCUUCUGCGGGCUGGUGGAGCAGCCGUUCGAGGCGUUCACCUGGGGGGAGCUGGCCGACGCUGAGCCCGGUGCCCUGGCCAUCCCCCAGCACCGCAUCCGCUACUUCAAGCACCGCGGCCGCUUGGUGUGGGACAAGGCCACGCGCCUGGACGACAUCUUCGGCUCCACUGGUGGCGGCCGCACCAUCCGGCAGCUGCUGGCGGGCGCCCAAGAUGGCCGCCGGAGCCCCGGCGCUGAGGACUUCGGCCGCCCCACUGCGUCCGAAGACCACGAGAUGUAGGAGCGGCUGUGGGCCAUUCGGCCCACCUGCUUCACCGUCCAUGCCCGCCACUCACACCACUUCGAGCUCUCUCUGUUUCAGCCUUCAAUACCGCACCACCCCGACGACCGAGCCCUCUGUGGCGCAGAAUUCCAUGGACUCGCUCCUGGAGAAGAAAUUCCUCUCCAUCUCCUUCCUCAUCCUCGUUUUGUGACCAUGUCCCAGCAUCCCCGCCCCCACCAGUCCCACACACAAGGGGGAAAUGACCCGUGCCCAAAUCCAGUCAUCUAAGAACCGUCAGCCCUUUUGCCUCUUGUUCUUCUAAACUCCCAACGAGGACCUACUCAACUUCUUCCCCACCUCCACCCCUCCACAAUCGGACUCUCCCUCCACACCCCUCGUGAAAUUCCGACAGCCGGUCUCCAUCUUUCCUCCGAUGAGGAUUUGACAAAUCCAUCCGUCCCACAAUGGGGACUCCCUGGGAGGCGGUGGGAGGGGGGGUGGAAUGUGCGCGUGGGGGUCCGACCUCCCCUCUCGGUCGAUCUCCCUACCCCGCUCCCUCCCCCCCCCCCCCCACACCCCCAAUCUGCCGCCUCCCGAGCGGAUGCGUCGAAGGGGAAGAGGAAGAUCUGUCAGUCCAACCCGACUGCUCGCCGCAGAGGGUCAUGUUGGAGGUGGUGGCGGUACAGGGCCCCGCUUUUGGAAGCACCACGUUCGAUCCUGGUCUCCGCCCCCCCCCCCCCCCCCCCCACCACCCCUGGGCUGCAGGAAGGAUGUCGGGGAACUGGAAAAACAGGGUUCGGGAACGGAUGUCGGAGGGUUCGAGCGACAGGGAGAGGCCGGGGGAGUGGGGUGUAGUUUUCCUACCCCACUCCAGGAAUUUUUUGUUGAGGGGGUGACCCUUAUAGCGGUUUAUAACAUCAUGAGGCGGGGGGUGGCGGGAAGAGUUGCUGUUUGCUGAUGCAUUGAGCUUGUACGAGUCUGGUCUGCAUUCGAUUUUAAUUCCAAGCAGAACGGUUGGCGAAUAGUUAGUAGUCUGGGGGGAAUUGCCGAGAUGGCAGAGACGGUUGUCGAUCUGCCCGAUGUCGGGCUGAAUAAAUUGGUUGUUUCUCAUGGA